CUGGAAAAGGUUUUGCCAAAGAUCCAGGCAGAGAGGAGUUGGACCAGGAAGAUUGUGCCAGAUUGGUCCUCUGAAUUAAAGGUAGCCAGCUCUGGCAGGGAGGAAGGGAAGGAGGCUUGCGUCCAGUCCUCUGGCACCCCAGCUUGAGUCUGUAUUGGCUGGGAGGGGACCAGACCUCAAGGGAAGGAAGCAGAAAUGACAGGAAACCCGGAAUCCUGUGAUACUAACCUGGGUCAAGCAAGAGGUUUGGGGAUCAAGGCUCUUAGCCAGUGGGCCCCGGCCUGAGGCUGCCUCAGCAAGCAAGGCAUGUGAGGCGUGCUGAGGGCAUGGCCCUGUGUGAGGUGAGGCUCGGUUGCCAAGCGACUGUCCCUGGGCAGCCACCUGCUGUCAGAAGGGCUCUGUUUGCUGCGCUCACCCCUCAGCUGCAGUCACCUUGGUACCGCUCCUUCCUUUGCCACCAUGUCUCGGCAACUGAACAUGGACACGGUGCGGCAGAACUUCUGGAAGGAGGAGUAUCUGCGGGAGAAGAUGUUGCGCUGUGAAUGGCACCACAAGUAUGGGUCGAUGGUGAAGGCCAAGCAGAAGGCUAAGACUGCAGCCCACGUACCCCUCAAGCUGCCCACCCUGCCCCCCAAAGCCCCACUCUCACCCCCGCCCGCCCCCAAAGCAGUUCCUUCCAAGGCCCCCAGCCCUGCCCUGGAGGCUCCUAUUCAGUCAGAAAUGUACCCAGUCCUGCCUGCCACCCGGGCCCUGCUGUAUGAAGGCAUCUCCCACGACUUUCAGGGCCGCUACCGCUACCUCAACACCCGAAAGCUGGACGUGCCAGAGAGGCGCUACCUCUUCCCCAUCACCACCAACUUCACAUAUGGCUGGCAGCUGGGCCCCCCAGUGAAGCAAGAACUGGUCUCCUGCAAGAUGUGCCGCAUUGAAUCUUUCUUCCGCAAGAAUGGGGCCUUCGCACUGCUCGACCCCCGGGACCUGGCCCCCUGACCCUGGGCCAGGCAGUGGGCUUAGGGGAGGGAAGAAGAAAUAACACACCUGGUGGGCCGAAAGUGCCAUGCGUGUCUGUGUCUGGCUCUCCCAGGCCCUGAGGCUGCGUUCUGGGCCUUUCUGAAACUACCUCUGCCCUACAGGUUGCCCUCUUGCUUUUUCCUUAAAUCCCCGUCUCUUUAAUCGUCCCUUUGAGGAUUCAGCAGUGACCAGAGGGGGCUGGGAAGAGUGAGCGGUGCUCUCCACGCGCGGGCUCCUCAGAGCCAGGGGGCCACAGUAGCUGCUGGAAGCUCUGGGUGUUCCUGUGGAAAGAGUGGCCUUUCAUCCCAGAUGCCAGGGAAAAGGGACCGCCACCACCCCACAAGCCUCCCCGCCCGCCCCCUCACCUGGCCCCGAGGGCUCGCAGCCGCCCGGUCCUCUCCCGUUGCAUCUGCUUCAGGUGC